AUGCCUCUUAUGCACUGUCAGUUUCCUCCCUCCCGGGCAAAAAGCUGUGGUGAAGGAGACUUCUUUUUUUACAUUGAAGGCCUUCCACCAUACUAUACCUGGGGAAUGUUGAAAGAUCUCACCAGGAAAGUCGCUCCACAUCCAGGAUGGACCGAAAUGGCCUCGACUCCGCAAGGCAUGCAAAAGGGACGCGGCUGGAUCAAAAUCAAGCGGGCCAAAGAUGCAUUCAACCUUUAUGGAUUCUUGACCAAUGGCUCGCCUUCUCUGAGACCACUCAAGGUUUACCUCUGGUCAACAGCUCGAUCACCUCCAGAACUAUUGCGAUGUAACGAUGCUCCACACCCGAUCCAACGGUUCUCAUCGCCACAGAUUGUCAGCGCCUACUCUACUCGUCUGAGUACACCUAUCAGUAGUACCACACCUAUGAGCACCCUCAUGAGCACCCCUAUGAGUACGCCCAUGAGUACGCCAAUGCACGGAAGUCCGGUAUUCCAUCACUCGCCUCCUCUAACUCCGAGGAAGAUGAGUCCAACAUAUGUCUACACACCGAACCACCGUCCCAUAAACGCCACAGGUGGACUCGUUCAGACCAAGUCAAGAGGUAUCUUCAUAAGUCAAUUGGACUAUGGGGUCGAUCAGCGGCAACUAGAGGAGUACCUGCGCAGGAUUGGACCCUUCGACAGCUGCGAGAUCCGACGGAAUCCGGCUAGUGGUCGAUCGCGCGGCAUAGCAACAGCCAAAUUUGCAUCUACCGAGGCGGCCGCCAGAGCGAUUCAAGUUUUGCAUGGUCAGAAGCUCAUGCGUAACACAAUCAGCGUGCGCUUUGACACUGAGAAGGAGACUGUCAUAUCAUCGAGCUCGACCAAGAGUCACCAUGGAGGUCUCAUUAUUGCCAAUGGCUCGAAAUGA